CGCGUGCGCGCUCGGCCGCGGUUCUGAGCUACCAAGCGGCUGGGAGGACAGAGAGGGAGGGGCAGGAGCCACCGACCGCAGGAGGAGGAGAAGGGGUUGUGCUCCUGGCCGAGCAAGGAGAAAGGGGCGGGGCUGGAGAGCAGCGAGCCGGGGUGCCGAGCUCCUGGGACCGGCGGGCGCGUGAGGGUCUGUGGCCUUUGCCGUCCCAGUGGCCGCCGCCGUCGCUUGGCUGCCGUCGGUCUGCGGGAGGCGGGUUAUGGCGGCGGCGGCAGUGGAAGCUGUGAAUGAAUUCUCCGGGUGGACGAGGGAAGAAGAAAGGCUCCGGCGGCCCCAGCAGCCCGGUGCCUCCCAGGCCUCCGCCCCACUGCCUGGCCCCCUCCCGCCCCGCCCCCAGGCCGGCCCCUUCGCCCCAAUCGCCGCAUAAGCGGAACCUGUACUACUUCUCCUACCCGCUGUUCGUAGGCUUCGCGCUGCUGCGUUUGGUCGCCUUCCACCUGGGGCUCCUCUUCGUGUGGCUCUGCCAGCGCUUCUCUCGCGCCCUCAUGGCCGCCAAGAGGAGCUCCGGGGCCGCGCCGGCGCCGGCCUCGGCCUCGCCCCCGGCGCCAGUGCCAGGCGGGGAGGCCGAGCGCGUCCGAGCCUUCCACAAGCAGGCCUUCGAGUACAUCUCCGUUGCUUUACGCAUCGAUGAGGACGAGAAAGUAGGACAAAAGGAGCAAGCUGUGGAAUGGUAUAAGAAAGGUAUUGAAGAACUAGAAAAAGGAAUAGCUGUCGUAGUUACAGGACAAGGUGAACAGUGUGAAAGAGCUAGACGCCUUCAAGCUAAAAUGAUGAAUAAUUUGGUUAUGGCCAAGGACCGUCUACAGCUAUUAGAGAAGCUGCAGCCAGUUUUGCAGUUUUCCAAGUCACAAACGGACGUCUAUAAUGACAAUACUAACUUGACAUGCCGCAAUGGACAUCUCCAGUCAGAAAGUGGAGCUGUUCCUAAAAGAAAGGAUCCCUUAACGCACACUAGUAAUUCACUGCCUCGUUCAAAAACAGUUAUGAAAACUGGAUCCACAGGUCUUUCAGGCCACCACAGAGCACCUAGCUGCAGUGGUUUAUCCAUGGUUUCUGGAGUGAGACAGGGACCUGGUCCUGCAACUGCCACUCAUAAGAGUACACCAAAAACAAAUAGAACAAAUAAACCUUCUACCCCUACAACUGCUGCUCGUAAAAAGAAAGACUUGAAGAACUUUAGGAAUGUGGACAGCAACCUUGCUAACCUUAUAAUGAAUGAAAUUGUGGACAAUGGAACAGCUGUUAAAUUUGAUGAUAUAGCUGGUCAAGAGUUGGCAAAACAAGCAUUGCAAGAAAUUGUUAUUCUUCCUUCUCUGAGGCCUGAGUUGUUCACAGGGCUUAGAGCUCCUGCCAGAGGACUGUUACUCUUUGGUCCACCUGGAAAUGGGAAAACAAUGCUGGCUAAAGCAGUAGCUGCAGAAUCUAAUGCAACCUUCUUUAAUAUAAGUGCUGCAAGUUUAACUUCAAAAUACGUGGGAGAAGGAGAGAAAUUGGUGAGAGCUCUUUUUGCUGUGGCUCGAGAACUUCAACCUUCUAUAAUUUUUAUAGAUGAAGUUGAUAGCCUUUUGUGUGAAAGAAGAGAAGGAGAACACGAUGCUAGUAGACGUCUAAAAACUGAAUUUCUAAUAGAAUUUGAUGGUGUACAAUCUGCUGGAGAUGACAGAGUGCUUGUAAUGGGUGCAACUAACAGGCCACAAGAGCUUGAUGAGGCUGUUCUCAGGCGUUUCACCAAACGGGUAUAUGUGUCUUUGCCAAAUGAGGAGACACGACUACUUUUAUUAAAAAAUCUGUUAUGUAAACAAGGAAGCCCAUUGACCCAAAAAGAACUAGCACAACUUGCUAGAAUGACCGAUGGAUACUCAGGAAGUGAUCUAACAGCUUUGGCAAAAGAUGCAGCACUGGGUCCUAUCCGAGAACUGAAGCCAGAACAAGUGAAGAAUAUGUCUGCCAGUGAGAUGAGAAAUAUUCGAUUAUCUGACUUCACCGAAUCCUUAAAAAAGAUAAAACGCAGCGUGAGUCCUCAAACCUUAGAAGCAUACAUACGUUGGAACAAGGAUUUUGGAGAUACUACUGUUUAAGCCUGCAGAACGUUUUACUUUCCAAGAGAGAAACAUACCAUCUUCUAUGAAUAGUUAUCUGCUACAGAAACUCAGCCUAAGUUUACAGGACUUUUCAGAGUCUUACAAUUAUUUGUGCACCCCAGAAGAUGAACCGUAAAAUAAAUUUAAAUAAAGUAUACAAUGCAAAUGGAAUAUUUUGUUUAAGGCCUUCUUGCCUUGAUGGUCACAGAUAUCCCGAUGGGCACUGUAAGUUAGAGCAGAACAAAAACUGAUUCUGGUCUUCUUUACCAAUAUAAUCAUAAUGUAAAUAAUAAUUUGUAUAUUAUGUUGCAGAUGAAAGUAUUCCAGAGACAGUGAAUGGUAGAAGACACAAGAGCCUUUGGUUGUAGAGCCUUUGGUUGUUUGUCUUCUGACAUCUUUUCUUAAAAUAGUAAUUUUUUCUAUUUUCCUUUCCUAUUGUUGUCUUUACUACACUCUGGGUGAUUGGAAUGCCAAACACUCUGUUUCUUUUUUUUUUUCUUUUUACAAAUUGUGUGCCAAAUGAAACUUUUUCCUAUGUAACAAUAGUAGGAAAAAAGUAUUUUGAAGGUUUUUUUCUUCUUCAUAAAUAUUCAGACAUUAAACAAUGUGUCCUUUUCACUUUUUAUUUUUCUAUUACCUUUCUACCAAACAAUUUAGAAAGCAAUAUGAGAGCAACAAAACAAAUCUAGUGAAAUGGAGAGGGAGAAAUUUUGAAGUUUUCAGACACUCUGUCAUACAACAUGUAGAUCCUCCUGUGACCUGCGGUAUUUUUUUGCUAAUAUAUUUGUCAGAAAUCUAUUGUAGACUGUUAACUUAUUCCUAAUGGAAUUUAUUUUGUUAGAAUUCUAAUAUUUAAGAAAGCCAAUUUUAACUGCUGUAAAAGUGGUUUCUGUGCAAGAGAAGGGAAGUACCAGGAGCUAAGACAUUUCUAAUUUAUUGCUUAUUACUUUCUUACUGUUUAUAGGAUAAUUACAAGCCAGUGGAUUUACCAUGUUUUAUUCUUAAUAAUUAUUAAUCCCUCCAAUGAAACUUUAAAAAAAUUACUGAAUUUUUAUACACUGCUUACAUUUUAUAGGUUUCUUGUACUCACUUUGUUAACUAAAAAGUUUUAGUCUGUUAAUCUGCCUUUUGUUCCCCAAAAAUGUACAGUAAUUCUGUUUCUUGUUUGUAUAAGUAUGCCUGGGUUUUUAUUAUAAAAAUGUCAUUGUAGGAAGUAGAGACUCAUAUCAUGGCCUUUUAAAUAUUGUAAUAAAGGGAAAUAGAUAUUUGCCCUUAGUUUACUGGUUAAAA